AUGGAUCCGGUCGAAUCAGCGCCGAUACAAGCAGUUCGUGGGUUUUCGGAUAGGAGAGAUCCUAAGCCUAACGCGGAAAUACACCCCAACAGCGUGUGGGUACGAGGACAGCAGUUUAUGUACGAGAGAGAGGAGGAAUGGCCGAGGAAGAAUUUGCCGCCGGCGAAUACGACUGAGGAACUUCGGGUUCAUUUGUUGCUACACGACGUUAAGGUACCAGCGGUUCUUGUGGACGCGAACCGCUUCUCGAAGUGGACGAUCCUGACGGAAAAAGAAAAGCUGCCGAUAGAGACACUGCGAGCGACGAAAGAUCAGCUACCGAAUGCGGUUGCGUCGGUUCGAGUACCGCUGAAGCAGAAGGAGUACGAGAAAGCAGAGCGAUGUUUGCUGAAGGCAGCGCAGGCCGAAUGUUUUAUCGAUGAGUUGAAAGUGCUGUCAAGAAACAAAGAUCGUUCGGCAAGCCAAUGGAUAGCAAUCGAGAAGUCAAGUUCGCUGUACAAGUUGAGCCCGCUGAUAGACGAGGAUGGUAUAAUUAGGAUGGAGGGCCGAGUAGAGCGGGUGGAAUUUCUACCCUUUGACUUGCGGUUCCCAGUGAUUCUUCCGGACGGCCACCGGAUCACGAGGCUGAUAGUCCAGCAUUACCACGACAAGAGUGGCCAUGGAUACCGCCAAGCGGUGAAAAACGAGUUGCGGCAGCUGUACUACAUUCCACAUUUAGAUGCAGUGGUCCGUAAGGUGGCAGCAUCCUGCGUAUGGUGCAAAGUGCGUCAUUGUCGUCCCAAAGCGCCUAGGAUGGCCCCGCUGCCAGUACAACGGGUCACGCCGAAUCUGCGUGCGUUCAGCUAUGUUGGCGUCGAUUACCUGGGACCACUCGACGUAACCAUUGGGCGCAGGACAGAGAAGAGAUGGAUCGCGCUGUUUACUUGUAUGGUGACUCGCGCUGUGCAUUUGGAGGUGGCGCACGGGCUUACAACUCAGUCGUGUUUGAUGGCGAUACACCGGUUCAUCGGUCGCCGGGGUUGGCCGAUCGAGUUCUUCUCGGACAACGGGACGAAUCUUCGAGGUGCCAGCAAGGAAGUAGUGGAGGCUGCGCAGGACAUCAGAGAUGACUGCGCAGACCAAUUGACGAACGCAAGAACGAAGUGGACGUUCAACCCUCCGGCCGCACCACACAUGGGAGGCGUCUGGGAACGGUUGGUCCGGUCCGUGAAGGAGUUACUAACGGUGUUCAAUGAUGGAAGGCGGUUGACUGACGAGAUACUGCAAACGGUCCUCGUCGAAGCGGAGGACAUCAUUAACUCCCGUCCGCUGACGUACGUGUCGCAACAGUCCGAUGAAGCAGAGGCGCUCACCCCUAAUCAUUUUUUAAGAGGUUCAUCAUCGAACCAGCCAUGUGUGGCUCUCCCACCUCCCCACCCAGCGGUGGCCUUAAGGGACGCGUUUCAACGAUCGCAACAGUUGGCUACUGUGAUGUGGGAACGGUGGAUUAAGGAGUACGUGCCGUCGUUGAAUCAAAGAACGAAAUGGUUCGAUGAAGCUAGGCCGUUACGGGCAGGAGAUCUGGUCUACAUAGUUGAGGGUACUAGCCGGAAGUGCUGGAUCCGCGGUGUGGUGGAAGAGGUCGUCAUGUCUGGUGAUGGACGGGUCCGUCAAGCGUGA